CAUUCACACUUCCGGUUACUUGUUGGCGGCAACUUCAAUAUGGGGAAAACAAAACAACCUAAAAAAUAUUCUGAAGAAAACUCUAAAGAAAACAAAAAGACCAAACAAAGAAAAAAGAAGUUAACAGAUGAAAAUGAUGGACGUGUACAAAUAAAAUGGGCAGUGAGCCAAGAUCAAACCGAGAGACUUUACAGUGAACUUGGUGUAGAGAAUAUUUCUGAUGAGAGUUCUGAUAGUUGUUAUGCCUUAGAGUUAACACCAGCUGUUACAGUUAACAAAGAUAAACCAGUCGCUCCAUGUGCUCCAAGAGUUUUGCUGCCAAGCCAGAAGCCAAACCUUAACCACAGUUACACAUCUGAUGAUAUAGAACUUAUAUCUCCCUUGUCAACACCAAACAACAAAAAGUUUCUUCAUUUUUGCCAUGACGACGAUGAUGAUGAUGAUGUUGCAGAAGACAGUCAGUAUGAUUAUUUUGCAGAACUGUCAGAUGAAGUUGUCCUAAACGUAUUUAAAUGGCUACCGCGUUUUACUUUAGCAAAAUGUGCUCGGGUUUGUCAUCGAUGGAGUAGACUUGUUGCUGAUGAUCACCUUUGGAAAAGAAUUGAUCUUUCAAAUAGAACCUUAGCACCAGGUGUACUAGGAAAUGUUUUGCGACGUGGAGUACAGAUUCUGAGAUUGGCUAAAUCUGAGAUUGAAGGUCCUGUAUUUAUUUGUUCUCCAAAGGUUCUCAGUUUUACAAGGUUAAGCCGAGUACAGUUUUUAGAUUUAAGUAUGGCAUCCCUUACAGCUCCAGUACUUCAAGAAUUAUUAUCUGUAUGCACUCAUCUGAAAAAGCUCAGUUUAGAACAUUGUCCACUCAAUGAUCAAAUUUGCCAUUAUAUAGCUGAGAACAAGAACCUAGAAGUUAUCAACAUGAGUAUGUGUGAAGGAAUCACUGUAAAUGGAUUGAUGCCAAUAUGUAAUAACUGUACGAGAUUAGAGUCCUUGAAUGUUGCUUGGACAGGUAUACAUAGACACAGUGUAGUUUAUCUUUCACUUUGUUUACCUCAGUCUUUAGAAAAACUCAAUAUCAGUGGUUGUAGAGAGAACAUUACAGAUGAAGAAAUUUUACAGUUAGUAAAAAGAUGUUACAGAUUAAGAGAACUAGAUUUAAGUGAUUCAACAGUUAUUACUUGUAACAGCAUUCGUUAUCUAACUCAGUAUUUGAAGAGAUUAGAAUACAUAGCAUUGAGCAGGUGUUAUCGCAUAGCUCCAACUACGAUACCGGAACUACAGAACAUAUUAUCUUUAAACGUGGUUGAUGUGUUUGGAAUGUUGAGGAACACAGCAUUACAACAACUGAGACAGGCUAUUAGUGUAGAUGUUAACAAAUAUCCAUUCUCCAGCAUAGCCAGGCCUACAACAGGAGUUAGGAGAACCAGUAUAUGGGGGGUACCAGUCAGAGACAAUAUUUUAUGAUGCAGGUCUACAUUAUUAUGUGAAUAUCAUCAGUCGGAGACAAUAUUUUAUGCCUAAAGGUCUUUAAAAUAAAAAGUAGAUUGCAUAUAUCAGACAGACAAUGACUAUGUAGUAGAAUAGGGUUGAUAUCUGUACGGGGAAAUAUUUAAUGAUAUAAGUUUGUGUGACUGGAUUCUUGUCCACUAGUAUAACAUAGGAUCAGAUCAACAUGAUAAGCAAUACUGUUUUACCUUAUGUAAAUUUGAGUUGUCUCCCCUUGAUCGAAUCCUGACUUUGAUAAUUUAUCAUGAGAUAAUUAGAUACAAGUAAAAGUAUACAUGGGGUGCCAAUCAGGGACUAUUUUAUAAUGCAAGUCUACAUAGUGAAAUGUAUACAGAGAUACCAGUCUGGGUUAAUAUUUUAUAAUACCCAGUCUACAUAUAUUAAAAGAUAUUAGAAUAUACCGAUCAGAUACAGUAUGUUUACAGAGGGUAAGGUGAUUAAGAAGCUAAAAUAUAAUGUGUCGGUGUGGAAUACUGAAAUUUGUAAGUGUAAUAUUGAAUUUUAUGUCACAUUAAGUAUAUCAUGGUUACUAGUAUUCCUUAAAUAUGUAUUCAGAAGUGUAAUUUGUCUUCUACGUAUAUGAUACAUUUUCACAUAGGAGCCUAGACACCGGUCAAGAUAUGUUUUAAAUGUUGACCUAUGUAAACUUUUGAUUGAUCUAUUUAAAGGAAACCAGUUCAAGAUGACAUAAUGAUUUUUUUUAAUUCUGAUCAUCAUUUAAUUGGGCAAUUGUUAUUACAGUUUCACGGUAUUUAUUAUUAUUAUCAGGUUGAAAUUAUGAAUGGUUAUUAAUAAUAAUCCACUGGUUGUAGUAUUCCUACUUUUAAUCAAAAUGUUAUAUCAUUAAUGAAACCUAUCGCUAUUAAAACCAAAUAUAUAAUUAUUCCUCAUGAUAAUUUGAAUUCAAAUCCUUCAAAACAGUAUACUGCAGUACUGUAUGCACAAGUGUAAGUACCUUGUAUAGACUAAUCAGAAGAUCAUAAUUAUGUCAAGUUCUGCUUACUGUGCAUCAAUCAGUUCAUUAAUUUAAACACUUGUUAUGUAACUUUUAAUUAACUGCAAUAAGAUCAUGAAGAUGACACUUCAUAAUCAUUGAAUACAAAAGAUCUCCUGUUAUUUUUUAUUUAAGAGUAAUGGCUGACAUAAUGAUAAUUUAGAAGAUAUAUGUAUAAUGUGUAACUUUUUCCAAAACAUAAUUCCAAGGCCAAACUGGUCUUUAUGUUUCUAUUUAUAGUUGAGAAUUAAUCAUGUGUUAGACAUGUGACAUAUUUAUAAUCAUUGAGCAGAUUGGUAUUUUAUUUCAUUGGGAUUUUUAUUUCCAUUUCCAUUUAUUUGUUAUCAGUUUAAAUAGCGAACACUUUGGAUAGGUGGUAAUGCAUAUUAUUGUAAUAAAAUGUAUGUAUAUAUGAUAAGCAUAGACAUGAGCAUUGUAUGAGAGACGCUAUUUUAUAUUAUUCCAUUUUUUGAUAGGCAAACCAAGGGUGAAGUCUGGGCUAUGAAAUUAGUUGCCAAUCAGUUAAAGACUGCUUCAACCAAAUGUAUAAUCAUAAUGCUAUUAUAGUUAAGAAGGAGAAGAACUUGACAAGCUAUAUUUAAUUUUUGGACUAAACCUGAAGUUUCUAUCUGGUAAAUGUAUAUGGCAUUAUAUGGUUAUAUGACUCUCACGAAUAUAAGUUAUCACAUUUAUGUCUUUUUUACUUUCAUUUCAGUAACAGGUCACUUUAUUUGGUGGUUCAAAUAGCUUUGGUUAGUUUCUAAAGAAUUAUGUGAAGUAGCUUCACUAUUUGUUUCAUAAAAAAAUAGUAAUUUUCAUUCCUGUUGUAUGUUUUUGGAUUUUGUUCCCAUUUUCAUGUUUCAAAACAAAUUUAAAUUUCAUUGCUUUGAUUAUUUUCUCUGUCAAUUUUCUGUUAGUAUAAAUGCAUGGUAAGCCAUAUUUGGUUUAUAUUACCAACCGUACCAGAGCUGUAUAGCCAUCCAAGGUCGUUAAAAACUUCCAUCAUCAUUGGUUUUAUAAAUUUGUAUGUCUAUCAGUGCUCACCUAACCUUGACCUAUUUUAAUUGUUCAAUGAUUAAUGUCAAGUUUUCUGGAUACAUACAGCAAGUCUGACUGUCAAACAUUUCAGUGAUAAUCAUUUAUUUAAGCUAAAUGUUUUAGUCAUGUUUUUAUUAUGAUUGAUUUUGUAUGAUUUUAAAUCAUUUUGUGUAUUUUAUUUUGUUUUAAAUUGAUUUAUGCUUAGUUAAGUAUUUUAAAUUGAUUUGUGCUUAGUUAAGUAUUUUGUUUUAUGAAUCUUUUUUAUAAUUUGUGAUUAGUGCUUGUAAAAGUAGUAUGAACUUGUUUAGUGCAUAUGUCACGUGAGUGAAAAAAUGGUAAAUUUAUUUUUUGCCAUGAUGUAUUGAUAACAAAAGACGUGUUUAAUAGAGAGGCUAUUUCAUUCAUGCAUUAAUGUUACAUAAGGAAAGACAGACAGUUUACAGGUGAAUUUCCUUUAAAUAAAGCUACGCAGAUAUUAUAUGACUGGCUUUGUACCUGUAUUACGUGUAUAAAGGAGCAGACCUCUUGGUAAUAUUAUUUAUGCUCUGCUUACGUCUUGAAAUACAUGAAUUGUGAAUAUCUUGAAGAGAGAUAUUCUGUAAUCAAUGAAGAUGAAUGUACAAUGAAGAAAAUUUGUACUUGAUUUCCUAGAAUGUUGUGUAUAACAUCAGAUCAAACAUUUAAAUUCUUGUUAACUAUGGAUAGUUAUGUUUGUAAAUGUAAUAUAUACUCAGAAUUGUAAUGUGUUGUCAAAUGUACUAGCAAGUUUGUAUCUUCAUGAUCUUUGUCUAAAUUGUAUAAAGUGAAAGUUUAUAUAUAUAAAGUAUAUUUUUGCUAUUUGUAUAUACAAUUUCUCUUAAUGAAAUACAAUAUUUAAUAUCCUAAUAAAUAUUUAAGCAUUAUAAAUUGAGGCACUAUUAUGGAUAAAAUCCUCCAAAUUUGAUACUUAAUUUAAAACUGCAUAUUUUGAUAUGCCUACAUUUUGGAGAAUAUGUAAUAUUUACAUGUAACAUGUAAAUGACAUUAACAUCAUCAUUGGGUAUUUAAUUAUAUAUUAUAUAAUAAGAAAAUUAAAUCGGUCGAGGAAUUGUUAUUUUCAUGUUUUAAAAACAUUUUGACAAAUUGGUUAAAUCUUGCAAAAAAAAAUGAACAUCACUUUAAUUUUACAAUUUAGAUUAAUAUUAUGUUAAAACAAGUUACAAGCUGGCCGGUCAUGUUAUAAAUUGUUAUGGUAUAAUAAUGUUCUUUACAAUACGAUCUACAAUAUCAA